GAUCGUCCUGCGCCCGGCGUCGAUGUUUCUCGGGUUCCACAGGCUCCACAGGCUCGUCUCCGCACCUCCGUCCCGCUUCCUGCGCGCCCGUCUGUCCCGAACGCUCUCCGCCAACAUGUCCUUCCAGUACCCGCUGGCUUUCCGCGACGAGGCCGUGGUUGACAACUACCAUGGACACAAAGUACCAGAUCCCUACAGCUGGCUGGAGGAUCCUGACAGUGAAAAAACACAAGCCUUUGUCACGGCGCAGAACCAGCUGACGUUGCCCUUCCUGGAGCAGUGUGAGGUCAGAGAGCUGUUCAAAGAGCGAAUGACGGAGCUCUACGAUUACCCCAAGUACAGCUGCCCGUUCAAGAGGGGGAGCAGAUACUUUCACUUCUACAACACGGGGCUGCAGAACCAGAGCGUCAUGUACGUCCAGGAGAGUCUGGAGGCGGAGCCCACCGUGUUCCUGGACCCCAACACUUUCUCUGACGACGGCACGGUAGCGCUACGAGGUUACGCGUUCUCAGAGGACGGGGAGUACCUGGCCUACGGCACCAGUGCCAGCGGCUCGGACUGGGUGGAGAUCCGCUUCCUGCGGGUGGAGGGGGCCGUGCCUCUGGAGGACCGUCUGGAGAGGGUCAAGUUCAGCUGCAUGUCCUGGACCCACGACGGGAAGGGCCUCUUCUACAACUCGUACCCCGACCAGGAGGGCAAGAGCGACGGCACAGAGACGUCGACAAACCUGCACCAGAAGCUCUACUACCACGUGCUGGGGAGCGCUCAGGCCGAUGAUGUUCUGUGUGCACAGUUCCCCGAGCAGCCCAAGUGGAUGAGCGGAGCCGAGGUGUCAGAUGACGGGCGUUACGUGCUGCUGUCCAUCAGGGAAGGUUGUGAUCCGGUCAACAGAUUGUGGUACUGUGACCUACAGAGCCAGCCUCAGGGAAUCACAGGCCUGUUGCCGUGGGUGAAGCUGAUCGAUAACUUUGACGCAGAGUACGAGUAUGUGACAAACGAGGGCACAGUGUUCACGUUUAAAACCAACCUGGAGGCCCCGAGGUACCGGCUCAUCAACAUCGACUUCUCCAGCCCAGAGCCCAGCAGCUGGAGAGAGCUCCUCCCACAACACGACAAGGACGUGAUCGUGUUUGCGACGUGCACACACUCCAGCCUGCUGUUCGUCUGCUUCCUCCACGACGUGAAGAACGUGCUGAAGAUGUACCAGCUGAGCACAGGGGACGAGCUCCGCACCUUCCCCCUGGACGUGGGCUCCAUCGUGGGCUUCACCGGGCGCAAGAGGGACACGGAGAUCUUCUACUACUUCACCUCCUUCCUCUCCCCAGCCAUCAUUUACCACUGUGACCUGACGCAGGAGCCUCUGCAGCCGCACGUGUUCAGAGAAGUCACCGUCAAAGGCUUCAACCCCGCAGACUACCAGACCACACAGGUGUUCUACCCGUCUAAAGAUGGCACACAGAUCCCCAUGUUCAUCGUGCAUAAAAAGGGCAUCGCUCUGGACGGCUCUCACCCGGGUUUCCUCUACGGAUACGGGGGCUUCAACAUCUCCAUCACGCCCAGCUACAGCGUGUCCCGACUCAUCUUCGUGCGACACCUGGGGGGAGUGCUCGCCGUGGCCAACAUCAGGGGAGGAGGGGAGUACGGGGAGACCUGGCACAAAGCGGGGAUGUUGGCGAACAAACAGAACUGCUUCACAGACUUCCAGUGUGCGGCCGAGUACCUCAUCAAAGAAGGAUACACCUCCCCCUCCAAACUCACCAUCAACGGAGGCUCCAACGGCGGCCUGCUCGUGGCUGCGUGCGUGAACCAGCGGCCCGAGCUGUUUGGCUGUGCCGUGGCUCAGGUCGGGGUCAUGGACAUGUUGAAGUUCCACAAGUUCACCAUCGGACACGCCUGGACCACGGACUACGGCUGCUCCGAGGACAAGGAGCAGUUUGAGUGGCUCAUCAAAUACUCCCCCCUCCACAACAUCCACGUGCCAGAGGGCAGCGGCGCGCAGUACCCGGCCGUGCUGCUCCUCACGGGCGACCACGACGACCGCGUGGUGCCGCUCCACUCGCUCAAGUACAUGGCCACGCUGCAGCACGUGGUGGGUCGCAGCCCGCAGCAGAGCAAGCCCCUCUUCAUCCUGGUGGACACCAAGUCUGGCCACGGGGCGGGAAAGCCCACCAGCAAGGUCAUCCAGGAGGUCGCCGACACGUACGCCUUCAUCGCCCGCUGCCUCAACCUGUCCUGGGUCAAAUAACACGCACAACCGCCACACACACACACACACACACACACAGAAGGAGGGACUUGUAUUAUCGGGUACUGCAGGCGAAAAGCGAAACGAAGCCAAGGAGAUGAGCCAAGGAAUGUGUUCCCAUGUACAGGUAACAUUUUAAUCCUUCAAAAGAAAAGAUAUUUUGUUGUUAAUCGUUACGACAACGGUCCUACUUUUUAAUAAUUCUGAAAAAUAUGGAUGGGUUGUGUUCAUGGCAGAGGUGGAGACUUUUAGGACUUGAGACUUGACUUGAUAAAAUGGACUAAGACUUUGGGACUCGACUCGGACUUUGAGGCCUGUGACGUGAGACUUGAGAAGCACUUUUAAAUCUGAACUUUUUCUAUUCUGACCAAAAUGAUUCACUCUAAGAUCGUGUCAAGACAUUUAAAAAGGAAAAAAAAUGCAUUUCUACAACUCAAAUAUAAUCAAAUACUGUGAUUUUUAUAUGUACAAUUUAUCUUAAAAUUCAUAUAAAUUGCAAAAAUCAAAGCUAUAUUUGUUUUUGGUUUAAAGACUUGAAAUGACUUGAAGCUCAAAGCAGACGACUUGGACUUGACUUGGACUUACGGGCCAGUGACUCGAGAGUUGACUUGGACUUGUCUGUAUUUGACUUGGGACUUGACUCGGACUUGAGACUUGCAAAACGACGACUUGGUCCCACCUCUGGUUCAUGCCACGUCAGAAUGUGAUUAGGGAUGAAUCACUCCAGCUUUUUCAGCUCUGAUACCGAUAUUUUGACUUAACCGAUACUCGAUAUAAACCGAUAACUGUGUAGGAAUAAGAAAUGUCGCUUAUUUCCUUAAAACACGGUUUAAGUAUUAAACAAGAUCCAGUUGAGUUAAGUAACGGUUCUUUAUCCUUCACAUCACGACUCAACAGCUUUGUGUGACUAAAAGUUCAAACAUUAUGAGACGUUUCUAGACCAGGGGUCCCCAACCCCACGAGCCGCGGACCUCCCAUACGCAUCUCUAAACCAUGUCUAAAACCAUGUCUAAAACCAGGUCUAAAACCAGGUCUAAAACCAGGACUAAAACCAGGACUAAAACCAGGUCUAAACCAGGUCUAAACCAGCUCUAAACCAGGUCUAAAACCAGGACUAAAACCAGGACUAAAACUAGGUCUAAACCAGGACUAAAACCAGGUCUAAAACCAGGUCUAAACCAGGUCUAAACCAGCUCUAAACCAGCUCUAAAACCAGAACUAAAAUCAGGAAUAAAACUAGGUCUAAACCAGGUCUGAACACGGAAUAAGAUAGGAGUAAACUAGGUCUAAUCCAGGUCUAAACCAGGUCUAAACCAGCUCUAAACCAGCUCUAAAACCAGAACUAAAAUCAGGACUAAAACUAGGUCUAAACCAGGUCUGAACACGGAAUAAACUAGGAGUAAACUAGGUCUAAUCCAGGUCUAAUCCAGGUCUAAACCAGGUCUAAACCAGGUCUAAACCAACUCUAAACCAACUCUAAACCAGCUCUAAAAAAAAAACCAGGACUAAAACCAGGACUAAACCAGGACUAAACCAGCUCUAAACCAGCUCUAAAACCAGAACUAAAAUCAGGACUAAAACUAGGUCUAAACCAGGUCUGAACAAGGAAUAAACUAGGAGUAAACUAGGUCUAAUCCAGGUCUAAACCAGGUCUAAACCAACUCUAAACCAGCUCUAAAAACCAGGACUAAAACCAGGACUAAACCAGGUCUGAACAAGGAAUAAACCAGGACUAAAACCAGGACUAAACCAGGACUAAACCAGGACUAAACCAGGACUAAA